CGUAGGUGAGGCCGGCGUGGUUCUGCCUGCUCCGUGCAGAUCCGCAGCUUUGGCGGCUGCUUCUGCAGCGAGAUCGCAGUGACGAAUUUGGGGAUAUUGGAGAACCAGCUACUAUUCUCCCAGCGGUCUUCUUCUCCCUGGAGUUUGAAAUGCUUUACCUGAUCGGCUUGGGCCUGGGAGAUGCCAAGGACAUCACAGUCAGGGGCCUGGAAGUUGUAAGACGCUGCAGUCGAGUGUACCUGGAAGCCUACACCUCAGUCCUGACUGUAGGGAAGGAAGCCCUGGAAGAGUUUUAUGGAAGAAAAUUGAUUCUUGCUGAUAGAGAAGAGGUGGAACAGGAAGCAGAUAAUAUUUUAAAGGAUGCUGAUAUCAGUGAUGUUGCAUUCCUUGUUGUUGGUGAUCCAUUUGGGGCGACAACACACAGUGAUCUUGUUCUGAGAGCAAAGAAGCUGGGACUCUCUUACCGAGUUAUUCACAAUGCCUCCAUAAUGAAUGCAGUAGGCUGCUGCGGUUUACAGUUAUAUAAGUUUGGAGAGACAGUUUCUAUUGUUUUUUGGACAGACACUUGGAGACCAGAAAGCUUCUUCGACAAAGUAAAGAAGAACAGACAAAAUGGAAUGCAUACAUUAUGCUUACUGGAUAUCAAAGUAAAAGAGCAGUCUUUGGAAAAUCUAAUCAAGGGAAGGAAGAUCUACGAACCUCCUCGGUACAUGAGUGUGAACCAAGCAGCCCAGCAACUUCUGGAAGUUAUUCAGAACCAUAGAGUACGAGGAGAAGAACCAGCAGUAACUGAAGAGACACUCUGUGUUGGCUUAGCCAGGGUUGGAGCCGAGGACCAGAAAAUCGCAGCAGGCACUUUACAGCAAAUGUGUACUGUGGACUUGGGAGGACCACUGCAUUCCUUGGUUAUCACAGGAGGCAGCAUGCACCCGCUGGAGAUGGAGAUGCUAAGUCUGUUUUCCAUACCAGAAAACAACAUGCAAUCCUAAGGCCUUGAUGGACUCCGAACGAGCCAGCAGGUGGUGUGGUAAUUAAGGCACUGGAUUCCACAUGGCCAACGCCACCAGCACGAGUCCCAGGCCCAAGGGCCUGAGAAACUCACCAGGUGCAUGUGUGUGCAUAUGCCCCAAAUCCCAAGGGAAUGGAGAAGAGAUUGCAAUGUGGCCAUCUAUAGUUCCAGCCAUUCUGGUUCCUUUGUCUUUUCAUAUAAAUAUUAGAAUUUGUUGACCUCUAUAAAAGAGCUUGUGAGAUUUUGCUAGGAAUUGUUUGAUAGGUGUGGUUAUUGUGAUUUAUCCUAUUUAGAGUUUGUUUAGUUUCUUCAAUCUGUUUUUUGCUUAAGUCUGUUUACCCAUUUCUUCCAUAUGAUUCCACUGUCGGAUCAGUUUUCAAAGACUGCAGUUCCUUUAGGGUUUAUAUCUUGUUUGUGCUACCCAGUCUGUGAUUUAGGAAGUGUGUCGGAUAAUCUAGUCUCAAGGUAUUUUGAACUAGAUUAUCCCACUAGGUCCUACUAAAUAGGAUCAGAAUAAAAGCCUUUGUGAUCUGAGUAUGACCCUUGGGAUUCAUAACCUGCUUUGUGACGUUGCUUUCCUGAGCUUCUCCUGUAUUCAGCAUGGUUUCCUUGCUACUAAAGGUUCACCAUUUAGAUCCAUACUCUGCCAGAAACUUGUGGUCCUAAUUACUUCUGUGGUUAUCUGCUGCAUAUCUUUGGGAUUGGGUCUGCAUCCUUACUCAUAGGGAGGAGGAAAAUGGGGUUUUGUUCUUUUUUUUUUUUUUGAACUGUUGCUCUACAGAAUAAAAAUUCCAAUCUCAAAAGUCUCAGUUCCUGGGAUUUUCAUAGCUGAUAGUUGCCACUCCCACCGGAUUGCCUAAGUAAAGUCUUUAGAAGCAGUGGAAGGUCUUUAUUUCAACUAAUAAAAAUCCAUGAAGUAACUUCACCUUUUUUAGAAGUCUGUAGAAACCCACCUGACCUAUGUACAAAUUAUUGCACAAAAGGAAGUAGUAUGGUAUGCUCAUACGGGACACAUAACUUUUGUAAAGUUGAACAUUGGUGAGCUAACUUAGUGUUUAGGAUGGGAGGAUAGUGAUGGCUAAUCAGACAGAUCUUAUUUAUAAUUUUAAGUGAUUAUGACAUUUGCAAAAGUCUAAGCCAGAUGACAGGGUUUCUCAUUGCUGAGAAACUAUACCUCUGCUUUUAUGUAAGUCUGAAUUAUUUUCCUUACAAAAUGUCAUACUUUAAAGAUUCUGCUUAGGGACAAGCAGAUGGUGUAAUGGUUACAUCACUGGACUCCCAUGUAGUCAACUGCAGUUCAA